UUCCAGUGAAAAUAACGAAUUGCAAUUAUAUCGCCCGUCAGUGAUCGUGUGUCUGUAGUGUAAAUCGAAGUUGAAAAGAUAAAAGGAAGGGAAUCAUCGCUAUUGGAAUCUAAAAAAAAGAUAUGUAAAAACGGUCUUGUUGGUACACAAAAAAUAAACAAAGAUUAAAGAAAACAAUAGAUAUUCUGAUAAAGAAAGGAACAUUCCUCUAUGCUGCCGCCAACGGAGCUGAGCGUUCGCGUCCUCCUGUCAGCCGGGCCUGGCGGCGUCUGGCCUGGGCGAGCCCGAAUAUGACGCCCUGGGCCCUCGGCAGUAGCGGGCUGAUCUGCAGUAGAGUCCCGCCCACGCCCACAGCCCCGCUGUCACCGCCCUUGGCCGAGGGUGCGCUUCGCCAGGCCUACUCCGGCUACUCCGACCUCUUGUACUGUAGCCUUUCCCGGCGGCGUCCCGGCCCCUUCGGCUCCUCCUCCGCCCUCCUCCAGUCCGCUCUGUCCUGUGGCGCGCGGCAGGAGCAUCGCUGUCGCCGGCUCGACGCCUCCAGCCUCCUGACGAAGGACUCGGCCGCCUUACAGGAUAUCAUCAUGCUGUGCUACGCGCUGCUUCAGGCGCACGAUGUGGUGGCCCACGAGGUGUACGGCGACGAGGCCAUCCGCGUGACGCCGCCGCCGCUGCUGCCCUACCUCAACGGCGGCGACGAGGUGGACGCCGCCAACGGGGACGUCGACAUGGAGAACAUCACGCGCGUCAGACUCGUCCAGUUCCAGAAGAACUCGGACGAGCCCAUG